AUGGAUAGCACAUUGGCUGUCCAACAGUACAUUCAACAGAAUAUAAGAAAUGAUUGUUCCGAUAUUGACAAAAUCCUGGAGCCCCUAGAAGGGCCUUCGACCACUUCGGAGAACAACUCUGGGCUAAGCUUGCUGAACAGGCACAGAGACCAGCGGUCAGACAUCUCUCGACUGCCCACUACAACAAUUAAACCAAAGCCUGCACUACACCGCAAUGCCGAACUACUGACCAUGUUGAUGUUAAAGGAAGAGCGCCGUCACUUACCUGCUCCUCACCACAUUCUGGAAGAUCUGCCACAAGCAGCUCACAGCCUCUGGUUCUCGCUCAGCAAGGCCAGUGCCAUGCAAAGAGACAAGCCUGGAGACCUGCUCCUGGGGCUGGACACAACCGGUACUACGCAGUCACAAAAGCGACCAUUGUUGCUUGGAACUGGAGAGGUACCCCCUCAAGUCUAG